CAGAUAAAAAAAAUUGUGUGGUUCACAUAUAAGUGAAGUGUUAUUUCCAGUCUGAUUUAGGUGUGGUGUGGUGUGGUUCAUAUCGCUGACGGGUGCUUUUUACUUAUGGGAGUAUAUACACAAUUUGCUACUUUCCAGAAUUUGAUAUCUUGUGAAAUUAAAUCAACUCGUGAUAAUCCUAUCCGGUUACACCUUAAAUAAUGGCUGCAAAAUCGCAAUGGUUACAUCCAUUAACUUUGGAAGCUGAUAUAUUUCUCACGGCACUCAAACAGUAUGCACAAAAUGAAACAAAUGCAAUUGAUAAUCAACUAUGUGAGAAAUUUCAAAAUAUAAUUGAUGAAAUACAAUGUAUAGUAUCAUCGAAAACUUCGAAUAUAUCCGAAACAACAAAUCUGCAAUUCGUAAAAGAAGCACAUUUGAAAGCGAUUCAAAGAAUUUUUCAUUGCAAAGAAUGCAAUAGGGAUCUAGGUAAAACGGCCAGUGGUGCAGCGGUUCACUUAAUUGAUGUACACAAAAAGAAAGAAACAACUGUUCAACCAAAAACAACUGAAAAGCAGGAAGAAAAUGUGGUUGUGAAACUUCCUAAGAAAAUAAAAGGCCUCCUUAGAAAAGAUUUAAACAACCUUUUUAAUCAAAGUGUAAUGGAAGCAGAGUUACUUAAAAUUUCUAAGGAUUACGAAGUGAUUGCAAAGGAUUUACUAGAUGAUCUUAAGCCAGUUUUUCCAGAUGAAGAGAUUAAAUUUUAUAAGUUUGGUUCUCGUAUAUCUGGAAUAGGUAACCGAAAUUCAGAUCUGGAUAUUUAUAUUGAUAUAGGAAACUCGUUUAAAGUUUUUGAUAAUUCUGGUACGCCCACAAUUUUAAACAAAUUAAACAAAACCAAUAAUGCUUUAGCGAAAAAUCAAAAAUCGUGGCAUAUUCUUAGAACAAUAUCUCAAGCUCGAGUACCCAUCAUAAGAGUUUCAAAUAAAAGUACUGGGAUAGAUUGUGAUCUUGGAUUCUCUAAUAGUUUGGGAUUCUGUAACACACAGCUAUUGGAUUACAUAUUUACUUUACAACCACUAACCCGACGUAUGUGCAUUUUUCUCAAAAAAUGGUUAGGUUACUGUGAUGUUGAAAUAUCCACAUAUAGUGUUUGUUUAAUGGUGAUUUACUCGUUACAAUUAGCUGGGCACUUACCAUCAAUUAAGGCACUUCAAGAAGAAACCGAUACUCCAGUUAAUGUUGGACCAUGGGCUGUGCAUUUCUCGCAAAAACCUCUUAAGGAAUGGAAAAUGGAAAAGCUAAGUAUUGAAUCAAAUAGUUGCAAAAAAUUUAUAGACGCGUUUUUUAAACUUUACUCUGUGUUUAAUUAUGGAAUGUAUGCAAUUUCUCCAUAUCUUGGUACCAGAGUUACUGUUUCACAAAUUACAUCGGAAAUGCCAACAAGUUACACUAACUAUGUAAACGAAACUAAAAAUAGCCUAGAAACAAAGGCUGGCAUUGUACUUCAAGAUCCAUUUCAGCUGAACCAUAAUACAACCAAACACCUAUCACCUUUCCAACUAAAAAGGCUAAAGUCAUAUUUUAAAUUAAGUGCUGAACACAUAAGCAUGAAAAACUAACGAUAUAAUUCUAUUAACAAGUUAUAAUAAUUUUAAACUAUAUAAAUGCAAUUUUUAAAACGUUUUGUAUAUUAAAGUGUCAAUAAAGUUAUUAUUGCAUAUU